UGGUCUACUUCCUCGCUCUAAGCGGAAGUGAAACGCAGUUGUUUCUGUUGGUCUGUCAACUGAGAGCGAUACGGAGGACCAAACAGCGGCUUGUCGUUUUCUUUAUAUCCGGGCACCAAAUUCCAAAACACCCCGGGAUCGCAAUAACCUCCGGGGGAGGCGGUGGAGCGGGGACAUGGACGAGCAACGAGGACCGGUGCUCCACAUCGUGGUGGUCGGGUUUCACCACAAGAAGGGAUGCCAGGUGGAGUUUUCCUACCCUCCGCUGAUGCCGCAGGAAGCUCACGACAGCAACAUAUUGCCCGAGGAGUGGAAGUACCUCCCUUUCCUGGCUCUUCCCGACGGCGCUCACAACUACCAGGAAGACACCGUCUACUUCCACCUGCCCCCCCUCAGCGGAGACACCAAGUGCGUGUACGGCGUCUCCUGCUACCGGCAGAUCGAGGCAAAGGCUUUGAAGGUCCGACAGGCGGACGUGACGCGGGAGACGGUGCAGAAGAGCGUGUGCGUUCUGAGUCGUGUGCCUCUGUUCGGUCUCCUCCAAGCCAAGCUGCAGCUCAUCACGCACGCUUACUUUGAGGAGAAAGACUUCUCGCAGAUCUCCAUCCUGAAGGAGCUGUACGAGCACAUGAACGGCUCCCUGAGGGGUUCGGCUCUGGAUGGCUCGCAGGUGUUCCUUGGCUUGUCCCCGCGAGAUUUGAUCCUGCACUUUAGACACAAGGUCCUCAUCCUCUUCAAGCUCAUCCUGCUGGAGAAGAAGGUUCUCUUCUACGUGUCCCCCGUCAGCAGACUAGUUGGAACACUGAUGACCGUUUUGUCCCUGUUCCCUGGUGUGCUGGAGCACGGCCUGGUGGACUCGUCUCACUACAGACCCAAGAGCAGCACAUCCGAGGACCUGCUGACCGAGGAGUUUGUGUCCGUGUCCGCCAGCGACGUCGCACCUGCGUCCAUGCCAGCGAGGAACGGCGCCAGCGGGGAUGACAACCACUUGAAACCGCCCUCCCGCACGUCCCCAGAGUCCUCCGAGAGCGAUUGGGAGACUCUGGACCCAAGCGUGUUGGAGGAGGGGCCCAAGGAGCGGGUGGAUGAGGGGAAGGAGGCGGCGGCGGUGUCAGGGAUGCCGGACGCAUUUGAGUCCAAGCCGACUACGCCUAUCACGGUGCAGCCCAUCAGCGGCCAGGGAGGGGUCACGCAGGGGCUGAUGUCGGGUCUGGAGGAGGACCAGUACGGGCUGCCGCUCGCCAUCUUCACCAAAGGUUAUUUGUGUUUGCCCUACAUGGCGCUGCAGCAGCAUCACCUCCUGUCGGACGUGACGGUGCGAGGCUUUGUUGCCGGCGCCACCAACAUCCUCUUCCGCCAGCAGAGGCACCUCAGCGACGCCAUCAUUGAAGUGGAGGAAGCCGCAGUACACAUCCAGGACCCCGAGCUCCGCAAGAUCCUCAGCUUGACCACGGCUGACCUGCGCUUCGCCGACUACCUUGUCAAACAUGUGACGGAGAACCGUGACGAUGUCUUCCUGGACGGGACGGGCUGGGAGGGCGGGGAUGAGUGGAUUCGGGCGCAGUUCACGCUCUACAUCCACGCCCUGCUGGCGUCCUCCUUGCAGCAAGAUAACGAGAGGCUACUGGCGGAUUACGGCGCACCCUUCGUGACAGCCUGGAAGAUCACACACAACUACCGCCUCUGGCACAGCAACGUGCACCCGGCCAUGGCCGCCAUCACCCCGGGACAUCCUUUCCAGGGACAGUACAGCGUGGCUGACGUGAAACUGCGCCUGUCUCACUCGGUGAACAACAGCGAGCGAGGGAAGAAGCUCGGGAACGCCAUGAUGACCACCAGCAGGAGCGUCGUGCAGACCAGCAGGGCCGUGGGUCAGUCCGUGGGCGGAGCCUUAACCAGCGCCAAAUCGGCCAUGUCCUCCUGGUUCUCCACUCUGGCCCAGCCCGCAGCAGUGUCCCAGGCGGGCGAUCCCGAACCCGCCACAGAGGUCAAACCCUGACCCUGACCGUGGCUGUGAGAGUGGGCUAAGCUACCCUAAAUCCGGCGUCAUGAAGGGAAGGGUGGUGGUAGAGGUUGGUCCCCCCCCCCACACACACACACAUCAGCUAGUCCACCUCCUGACAGGAAAGGUGGCAGCGACGAGUACUUCCUGUGAGACUUUAAAAGAUGCUUUGCAACCCGACCCCCAUUUUGGUCCAACAAGCUUGCUGGAGUCAUAACAUUGUGGUUACCUUGGUAACAGCACAAACAACUAAAUUUAACAGCAGCUUAUAGUCAUAUUAUAGUAUUCCAUGUUAGCUUGGCAUGCUAAUAAUUGACUUAAGGACAGAAAAACUGCAUAUUUUUAUAUAUAUAAUAUAAAUUAUAAUAAAUAUUAAUAUUUUUAAAAGACCCAUUUGCACAAACAACUAAAUUUAACAGCAGGUUAUAGUCAUAUUAUAGUAUUCCAUGUUAGCUUGGCAUGCUAACAAUUGACUUAAGGACAGAAAAACUGCAUAUUUUUAUAUAUAUAAUAUAAAUUAUAAUAAAUAUUAAUAUUUUUAAAAGACCCAUUUGCACAAACAACUAAAUUUAACAGCAGGUUAUAGUCAUAUUAUAGUAUUCCAUGUUAGCUUGGCAUGCUAACAAUUGACUUAAGGACAGAAAAACUGCAUAUUUUUAUAUAUAUAAUAUAAAUUAUAAUAAAUAUUAAUAUUUUUAAAAGACCCAUUUAUUUUAUUCAAACAUUCUAUCAGGUAUAUUCCACUUCACUGCUACUACUAAAAUAGCCACAGUGUUAUGACAUCCAUAUUUGUGCAAUCAAACCUACAAACUGACAAAGCCAGGUUGCAUGUUUGGCCUUUUUGUACAGAGCAAAAAUAUUUCAUUGUAUUCAUUUGUUGUGUAAAACGUCAUAAAUCAUAUAUAUAUAUAUAUACAUAUAUUUGUGUUUUGUCUGGACACUGGAACAGUCCUGAUGUUUGCAGCCUUUUACUUCCCCACAGUGGAAAUUUUAACUGUAAUGUUUUAGCUUGUAAAGUGUUUUUUUUUUGUUUAAAUUCCUAUUCACACUAUGCUGGAUGAGAAGCAUGUCACAUGUGCAUCACUUCCCCCCCAACUUCCUGCUGUCUCAUUUCUUAUUUGAAUGUUUUUCUUUUUCUAUUCCUCUGAUAUAUUUUAAUUUUGUAUUUAAGAAAUGAUCAGACUAUUUUUCCUGACAGAUGCUUGUAAUGUUAUUGAGGAGACUGCAAGAUGCUAUAUUGAUGUAUUGAAAAUAAAAACUAUACCAAAGCUUUUAUUCCUUUCGGG